GGACUUCCUGUUUGCUGCUGCUCACAGAGCUCACAUCAGAGGGCUUUUUUCAUUUUUUUUUUUUUUUUUAAAGAGAUCUCGCUGUCAGCCGGCAAGGGAGCAUCAAAACAGAUCCUUUAUUUUAUCUAGCCCAGUCGGUAAGAUGGCACACGCAAUGCUCUUCGCUACCUUUCUGAUUAUCUUUCCCACCUGCACCGAGGCCGUUGGAGCCAUGAACAUAUGUUUCAUCCUGGAUGGGAUUCUCAUCCUUUACGGCAUCAUUCUCACCGUGUUAUACUGCAGACUGAGGAUGGGUCCAGCCAACAAAACGCCUGCCGACCCCCCUGAGAAGCAGCCCGCUGAGGGAGGCAUCUAUGCGGUGAGAGUUCUCAUUGUAAUGAUUAAAAAGACAUUUAAAAAGGCACUUGAAGGAAAAGUGACAGCUUAACGCACAGCGAAUGGGUCUAACCUCUCACAGCACCGAUACCUACGAGACCAUCAAAAUGGACAAAAAGCCCAUCGUCUGAUGGUGGAAGAGGGCCGGGUGCAGAGAGGACGCUGAGCACACAAACGCAGUGUCAAAUCUCUCCAAGCUUUAUACUGUAUAUUAAGUUGCAUGAGUUUCUAUACAUGACUUUUCUCCCUUUUCUUUUUGUAAAAAAUACUACUCCCAUUUCUAAACUUUGCACGUGUGACAUGAUACAACUAAAUGAAUUGAACAAUUCACUAAUAAA